AUGGCCGACAUCCUCAGCAUCGUCGGCCUCGCCACCACCAUCACGACCAACCUCAUCGCCGUCGCCAAGAAAAAGGAAGCCCGGCGCGAGCGAAGCCGGCAAUUCACCCGGACCCUCGUCCGCCAGCUCUCCAACGAGGGCUACAACGCCGUCGUGGUCGCGGGGCCGUGGCGCGCCUGGGGCUACGAGGCCUCGAGCGACCACGCCUUCGAGGGCAAGCACUACACCCUCUUCGCCGCGCCCAAGGACCGCGUCAUGAUUGUCGAGAACCGCGGCGACGGCGGCUUCGAAAACUGGGCUCUCUGCGGGUCCAACUGGGUGCGCUGGGGCAAGAUUGUCAAGUUUCAUCCCUCCUGGAACUCGGCGACCAUGGGCACACCUUACGAGAUCCGCCAUCCCAACGAUUUUCCGGGCUGGCCCGAGUAA